AUGGCUUCCAAAACAAGUCACCCCUCAAUUGCCCUUUUCCUAUCAUUGAAUCUCGUCUUGUUUGCUCUUGUAAGUGGAACCAAUGAUACUGGAAAUUGCGGAGGACAACAAACGUGCUCAAUAGAUACUUUGAAACUUGGUGUGUGUGCUAAUAUAUUUCAUUUGGUGAAUGUAGUAGUCGGGUCUCCACCAACUAUGCCAUGCUGCAGUUUGAUCCAGGGACUGACGGACCUAGAGGCCGCGGUUUGCUUGUGCACAGCCAUAAGAGCAAAUGUGCUGGGAAUUAAUUUGAAUGUACCACUCUCUGUAAGCCUUAUACUAAACAGUUGUGGAAAGAAUCCUCCUACUGGCUUCACUUGUUAA